AUGGCCACCACAACGGAGGAAAGGUCUCCUCUCCCUACCCAGAUAGAACCACACAGACCCGGCCCAGAACCCAUCCUGAGCCAGCUAGAACAAUACCAGCCUCACCUAGAACCAAGACUAGAAUGUAGUCUAGAACCCAGUCCUGGACCCAUCCUAAACCAGGACCAGACUCUAUCUCAGACCCCUUUUCCUUCCCCAUCCCCGUCCCACCGCGACAGAGAGGAAGAGGAGGAUGAGGACGAGGAGGAAGGAGGUAACUCCGGACCAGGACCAGAGCCUGUGGUAGGUGAACAUUCGGACCCGGAAUGGGUUGAGGAGAGAUUCCGUAUCGAUAGGAAGAAACUGGAGGCCAUGCUGUAUGCCCCUAGACAUGGAGAGGGACUUACAGGUGAAGAGUUCUUUGAGAGAGUGAUGGUGGAAACUAACACCCAGGUGAAAUGGCCAUCCAAGCUGAAAAUAGGAGCCAAGUCAAAGAAAGACCCCCAUGUGAAAGUGGAUGGGAAAAGAGCUAAUGUUCUAGAGGCCAAAAAGAAAAUUCUAGAACUUUUGGAGACAAAGGUCAACAAGGUGACCCUGAAGAUGGACGUGGCCCACACAGAACACUCCCAUGUGAUCGGGAAAGGGGGCGGGAACAUCAAGAAGGUGAUGGAGAUGACAUCAUGCCACAUCCACUUCCCCGACUCCAACCGCCACAACGUCACUGGAGAAAAGAGCAACCAGGUGUCCAUCGCUGGGCCUGUCCAAGGGGUGGAGGCAGCCAGGAAGAAGAUACGAGACCUUCAGCCGCUGGUGUUGACCUUUGACCUACCAGUGACCCUGGUGUCCCAGGCCCUGCCGGACGCUGCGUCGCCGGUCAUCCAGCAGGUGGCGCAGGCUCUGGGGGUCAGUGUGAGCUUUAGGGCCCAGCCCAGACUGUACAGCAGCUGCUGUGUGGUUAGAGCACUGCAGGGCAAUUCCGUCGCCAUCAAGAAGGCAGUGUGUGUGCUGAUGGAGCUGCUGCUGGGGUCAGAGCUCGGGGCUGGGGGUCAGGGUGGGGUCAUGGGGGUGGUCAGCACCCAGCUGGACGUGACCUCCCAGCAGCACCUCUUCCUGCUGGGGCAGAACGGAGCCCACUUCAUGGGGGUCAUGCACCAGACCCAGACCCAGAUAGUUCUGCCAGACCUCAGCGCCCCACAGAACCCCCCCUCACUGCUCAUCCAGGGAAGCCCAGACGGAGUGUGUCUGGCCAGGCAGCAACUCAUGGACUGUCUGCCUGUGUGUCUGAUGUUUGACAUGCGUGAGGAUGGGGAGGCAGACCCUCGUAAACUGGCUCAGAUGAUGCAGAGUCUGGGGGUCUUCAUCAGCGUCAAACCCAAAGUCAAACAGACUGCCAAGUCAGUGGUGGUAAAGGGUCUGGAGAGGAACAUCUCCAGUCUGUACGAGGCUCGGAGGCUGCUGCUAGGGCUGGAGUCCAGCGAGGUCGCCAUGACAGCCAAGAUAAACUCUGACCCUAGGCUGGCCGGCAACGGGCUGACCAACUACUGGCUCAACAUGCUGCUGCAGCAACUCCGCCUCUCCGACCAUGGCUCAGUGCCCACCACUGAGGCUGUGAUUGGCUCUUUUUCCCAAUCUAAACCCCACCCGUCACCUCCACCAGGCCUGACUCCGCCCUCUGAGGAAGUGAGGAUGGGACUGAAGGGGAAAGAGAGCAGGCAACUGGAGAAGAUCCCAGAAAACGAGGAUCCGUCCGGCCUGUCCGACGAGGACGAGAGCCCUGGUUCGAUGACAUCAGAGCUGAGUGAUGUCAUGAGCCAGGUCAGGAUGAUGAGUCGGAGGAGCAGCCUCCAGGGUCCUGAAGUGUGCAGGUUCCUCAACCAGGGGAGACGCCACUCAACAGGCCAGGUCAUGAGACUGUUGGACGGAGAGAUGGAGGGAGGACGGCGUGAGAGACGCAACAGCCUGAGAGAGAUGGAGGGAGGGAGGGGUGAUAGUAGACGGAACAGCCUGAGAGAGAUUGGGGGAGAGAGGAGUGACACUAGACGGAACAGCCUGAUGAGGGAUUUGACUCCGACUCAGGACACUCUCACUGAUGUGUCAAGGAACGAGGAUUAUGACUAUGAGAUGAAGAAACUGCUGGCAACUAGAGCCAUGCAGAGGAAUCCGGUGGUGACAGAGGUUCGGACCCCCACUGAUACCUGGAGUGGUCUGGGCUUUUCUAAGUCCAUGCCUGCCGAGGCUGUUAAGGAGCUACGCAACGUCAGCCGACGCAGCUACAAACCUUACCUGACAUGGGGCCCGCAGAAUGCAAAGGAGAAAGUGCCCAAUGGCAGUAAUUCAGAGAACUGGCCGGAGAGCUUCCUGAGCUGCAGUAACUACUUUGAGUGCAUGUCCUCUGUGAGGGCGUUGACUGCUAGCCAGCGGAGCUCCUCCCCCCAGCCUACAGACGAUCUCCCAGAGCUCCUGAGCCAGCUCGGUAUGGGGAAGUACGUCGACGUGUUCCAACAGCAAGAGAUUGAUUUCCAGACUUUCAUGACUCUGUCUGACGAGGAUCUGAAAGAGGUGGGAGUGUCCACGUUUGGAGCGAGAAGGAAGAUGUUACUGGCCAUCUCAGACCUAAACAAAAGCAAAAGGAAACUGUCAGAGACGCCUGCUGUGAAGCCAGGUUACCUAGAAGGUGGGGCAAGUGGCCGGCUCCCACGAAUCAUAGAUGAGGACACCGCUGCUCAAAGAAACCACUGGUGAACCCCACACAACAUUACCUAACCUGGGUAGAACUGCCUGUAAAAACAGAUCCCCGAUCAGAUUGGCUUCCACAUAUCCUAACCUUGG